GCCGCAAUCAACCGGGGCGGGAUGGAGGCGCGGGUGGCUGAAGAAGGGAGGCUGCGCCUGCGCGGCAGUCAAAUCCAGGCGUGCGAGUGGAGCAGCCGGAGCUGGCGGGCAAGGGAGCCAGCCUGAAGGCAGGAUCAGCGGGAGCGGCUCCGAGGGCAGAACAGUUGCUUUUCCCUGGCCUGGGUCAGUGAGGAGCCCUGGGGACUCCGCCUGCCCCGGCGUGGUGCUCCCAUCGGCAUCCGACGUGCGCCUCACGGGAAAGGACACCAGACUAGGUCCCUGCCCCUACCUUCCAGGUACCCGGCAGGUUUUCUACCAGAUGUUCCAUUGUAAUAAUGCUGGGCCGACUGUCGUGACUGUUUUUGUUUUUGUUUUGUCUUUUUGCUUUUUCUAGGGCCGCCCCCGCGGCAUAUGGAGGUUCUCAGGCUAGGGGUCUAAUUGGAGCUGUAGCCACUGGCCUAUGCCAAAGCCACAGCAACGCGGGAUCUGAGCCACGUCUGCAACCUACACCACAGCUCACGGCAACGCCGGAUCCUUAACCCACUGAGCAAGGCCAGGGAUCGAACCUGCAACCUCAUGGUUCCUAGUCAGAUUCAUUAACCACUGCACCACGACAGGAAGUCCUAUUGUGACUGUUUAACCUGAGCUCAAAGUAGGAUUAAUUGUCUUGGAAAUACUAAAGUGGGGUAGCCCAAAUCCGUUUCUGGAACCAUGAAAAUUUUGUUGGUUUUUGACUUUGACAAUACAAUCAUAGAUGACAAUAGUGACACCUGGAUUAUACAGUGUGCUCCAGAGAAAAAGCUUCCUAUUGAACUACGGGAUUCUUAUAAAAAAGGAUUUUGGACAGAAUUUAUGGGUAGAGUCUUUAAGUAUUUGGGAGAUGAAGGUGUAAGAGAAGACGAAAUGAAAAGAGCAAUGAUGUCAAUGCCUUUCACUCCAGGGAUGCUGGAACUUUUAAACUUUAUAAGAAAGAACAAGGAUAAAUUUGACUGCAUCAUUAUUUCAGAUUCAAAUUCUGUCUUCAUAGAGUGGGUUUUAGAAGCUACCAGUUUUUAUGAUGUGUUUGAUGAAGUAUUUACAAAUCCAGCAGCUUUUAAUAGCAGUGGUCAUCUCACUGUGGAAAAUUAUCAUGCUCAUUCUUGCAGUAGGUGCCCUCAAAAUCUUUGCAAAAAUGUAGUUUUGGUAGAAUUUGUAGGUAAACAGUUAAAACAAGGAGUGAAUUAUGCACAUAUUGUUUAUAUAGGUGAUGGCGGGAACGAUGUCUGUCCAGUAACCUUUUUAAAGAAGAAUGAUGUUGCCAUGCCACGGAAAGGAUAUACUUUACAGAAAACUCUUUCUAGGAUGUCUCAAAAUCUUGAGCCUAUGGAAUCUUCUGUUGUGUCUUGGUCUUCAGGCAUUGAAAUAAUUUCUCAUUUACAAUUUCUAAUAAAAGAGUAAUAUGCCAACAGUUGAAA